AUGAUUGCUUUCCUACCAUCUUCACAUGGAUGCAGAACGUUUUCUAGCAUCAGGUGGUCGAGGUCCGGUGCUCAGCGGCGAGUUCGAGCAGUCGUAACGUGUUCACGGGGGAGCGUCUCGCCAGCGCAGGCACCCGGAGAGCCCAGUCAAAACUCCGACGAGGCUGCGGUGCGGGACAGGGAGAGCGCGUGGCGCCCUGUUGCCUGCAGCUCCGGGCAGCUGGUCACGAACUGCAGCUCACUGGUGCCGGCGUGCACGGUUGGUGCGGCUGCCACUGAACUUGCGUUUCCAGGGGCCUUGACAGCUCCCGGAGCGCGACUUUCCCGCAGCACCCAGCGCCAAAACGGUUUCCGAACGGAACCUGCUUCCUGUUCAGAGCGUUCUAUGGAGAUCUCGUGCGCGGCGGGGCGGGCACCUGCCACGACGCCGCUCUCGUACCGACGUGCACAGCGUGCUACCUGCCGGGGCCGAGUCGGGCGUCCACAGGAAGCGCCAAACGCCAGCGUCUACGAGUUUCGCGCAGGACAAAGCGUCAAAACUGCUGAGCUCGCACCUUGUGACUCGGACGUUGUUGACCCAAAAAUAACCACUCUCGUAGAUGCAGAGCACCGAACUGAACAGGCAGCGUUGAAUGAGACGCAUCCUCGACUUCGCCAGAUACCGAGGCCAACACACUGCGUCCCGCGACGUGCGUUUCUCUCAAUAGCCAUUGCACUGGGCGUUGCUAGUCUUGGGAAACCGCUCGCUUCUGUGGCAGCAGCCGCAGCCGCAGCAGCACCGGCGUCUUCGAGCGCAGAGCCCGCAACUACCCGGAUCCCGGGCGAUGUGCGCAUCCUCUUCUCUCGAGCGCAACGCCUGGAAGAUGAGGGCGAGUUUCAAGAGGCCCUCAAGAUUUACGCUUCGGUCGUCGAUCGCGAGCCAGGCCUCGUCUGGGCAUAUGCUAACCGCGCAAACCUUUACAGUCGCCUGGGGCAGUACGAUCAGGCCCUCGCGGACUACACACAAGCGAUUCGGUUGCUCUGCAAGACGGUAUCUGGAAACGAAUCAACCGGAGACGAGCGGCUGACGGACGCUGACGCCCCGUGUUUGGAGCGCGAGCUAUGGGUCCUCUACCUGAAUCGAGCUACGGUGUACCGAACGCUUCGCCGCCACCAGGAAGCGCUUCGCGAUAUGAAUCGAGCUCUGAGCAUUCGUCCGUAUGAGCCGCUGCUCCUUGUAAAUCGUGCAAUGGUCUAUGUGGAUCUGGCGAAAUACGAUGCUGCCCUGUUGGACUAUCAACGCGCUGUGGAGCGACGACCGGGCGAUGUGCAGCCCUUCUGGGUAGACUAUGCGUUGACGCUCUUCCAACGCGGACGUGACACCGAUGCCCUCGGCAUCAUGCGCAGAGUAGCGAGUAAGCCGAGUUUUGCCCAGUCCGAUGAAGUGAAAGCAGCCUACGCAGUCCUUCUUUAUGACCGAGGCAUGCUCAGUGACGCAGAGGGUCUAUGGGGUGCGUUGCAGCGCCCACGCCGAUUUCAAGACGAAAACUUUCUUCGAAACGAGCGUCACUGGCCGCCUCGAGCCAUUGAGGUUGCGCUGCGAUAUCAUCCACAACGUGGCAGGCAGAAGACAUCAUCUUCCUCGGCGGCGACCAGCCUGGCCCCUUCUACCGAUUAA